AGUGUACCCGAGGUCACCCGCUCGGCGAGAGAGGCGGCGCUGGCAGAGCUGCAGACCCCCCUUCUCAGCCGGACCCGUGACAGUUGUAGAAGCAUUCAAGUGGCUGAAGGAAGAGAGAAGAAAGUACCACUGCCUACCAGAAAAUAAAACAAAAACAUGGGAAAUACAACCACCAAAUUCCGUAAAGCACUCAUCAAUGGUGAUGAAAACCUGGCUUGCCAAAUAUAUGAAAACAACCCUCAGCUGAAAGAAUCCCUUGAUCCAAAUACUUCAUAUGGGGAGCCCUACCAGCACAACACUCCAUUACACUAUGCUGCUAGACAUGGAAUGAAUAGAAUAUUAGGGACUUUUCUUUUUGGUAGAGAUGGAAAUCCAAAUAAGCGGAAUGUGCACAAUGAAACAUCUAUGCAUUUGUUGUGUAUGGGACCUCAAAUUAUGAUCUCUGAAGGAACCCUCCAUCCUCGCUUAGCACGCCCUAUGGAAGAUGAUUUCAGAAGAGCAGAUUGUCUCCAAAUGAUCUUAAGGUGGAAAGGAGCAAAACUUGACCAGGGUGAAUAUGAAAGGGCAGCAAUUGAUGCUGUGGAUAACAAGAAAAACACCCCCCUGCACUAUGCUGCUGCCUCAGGAAUGAAAGCCUGCGUAGAGCUUUUAGUAAAACAUGGAGGAGACUUGUUUGCUGAGAAUGAAAAUAAAGAUACUCCUUGUGAUUGUGCUGAAAAGCAACACCACAAAGAUCUGGCACUCAAUCUGGAAUCUCAGAUGGUGUUCUCACGGGACCCAGAGGCUGAAGAAAUAGAAGCUGAAUAUGCUGCAUUGGACAAGCGAGAGCCAUAUGAAGGACUGAGGCCUCAGGACCUUCGUAGAUUAAAAGACAUGCUUAUUGUGGAAACCGCAGACAUGCUUCAGGCUCCUCUGUUUACUGCUGAAGCUUUACUUCGAGCUCAUGAUUGGGACAGGGAGAAAUUACUUGAAGCUUGGAUGUCCAACCCCGAGAACUGCUGCCAACGAUCAGGUGUUCAGAUGCCAACUCCACCGCCAAGCGGGUACAAUGCCUGGGACACACUGCCUUCUCCAAGAACUCCAAGAACCACUCGCUCUUCUGUCACCUCUCCAGAUGAAAUCAGUUUAUCUCCUGGGGACUUAGAUACUACUUUGUGUGACAUUUGUAUGUGUGGUAUUUCUGUGUUUGAAGAUCCAGUGGAUAUGCCCUGUGGACAUGACUUUUGUAGAGGAUGUUGGGAGUCGUUUUUGAAUUUAAAAAUUCAAGAAGGUGAAGCUCAUAACAUUUUUUGCCCUGCAUAUGAAUGCUUUCAACUUGUGCCUGUGGACAUCAUAGAAAGUGUAGUUUCUAAGGAGAUGGACAAACGAUACUUGCAGUUUGAUAUUAAGGCUUUUGUUGAAAAUAAUCCUGCCAUCAAAUGGUGUCCUACUGCUGGCUGUGAGAGAGCAGUCAGACUAACAAAACAAGGGUCGAGUUCAUCUGGGUCUGACACACUUAGCUUUCCACUGCUGAGCGCCCCUGCUGUGGACUGUGGAAAAGGACACCUCUUCUGCUGGGAGUGCCUUGGUGAAGCACAUGAGCCUUGUGACUGCCAUACAUGGAAAAAUUGGCUCCAAAAAAUAACUGAGAUGAAGCCAGAAGAAUUGGUGGGAGUUAGUGAAGCUUACGAGGAUGCUGCCAAUUGUCUCUGGUUGUUAACCAACUCCAAGCCAUGUGCUAACUGUAAGUCUCCAAUACAGAAGAAUGAAGGCUGCAAUCACAUGCAGUGUGCCAAGUGCAAGUAUGACUUUUGCUGGAUUUGUCUAGAAGAAUGGAAAAAGCAUAGUUCUUCCACUGGAGGUUAUUACAGAUGUACUCGCUAUGAAGUCAUUCAGCAUGUAGAGGAGCAAUCCAAAGAAAUGACUGUGGAGGCUGAGAAAAAACACAAACGAUUUCAGGAACUUGACAGAUUUAUGCACUAUUACACAAGAUUUAAAAACCAUGAGCAUAGUUAUCAGUUAGAACAACGCCUUCUUAAAACAGCCAAAGAAAAGAUGGAACAAUUAAGUAGAGCUCUCAAAGAAACUGAAGGAGGCUGUCCAGAUACCACUUUCAUUGAAGAUGCAGUUCAUGUGCUCUUAAAAACUCGGCGUAUUCUCAAGUGUUCUUACCCAUAUGGAUUUUUCUUAGAACCUAAAAGCACAAAGAAAGAAAUUUUUGAACUAAUGCAAACAGACCUAGAAAUGGUCACUGAAGAUCUUGCCCAAAAAGUCAAUAGGCCUUACCUCCGCACACCCCGCCAUAAGAUUAUCAAGGCAGCAUGCCUUGUGCAGCAGAAAAGGCAGGAAUUUCUGGCAUCAGUGGCUCGUGGAGUUGCACCUGCUGACUCACCAGAAGCUCCUAGGCGCAGCUUUGCUGGUGGAACAUGGGAUUGGGAAUAUUUAGGAUUUGCAUCACCUGAGGAAUAUGCUGAAUUUCAGUAUCGGAGGAGGCACAGACAGCAGCGUCGUCGAGGAGAUGUACAUAGCCUACUCAGUAACCCUCCUGACCCCAGUGAACCCAGUGAAAGCACUUUCGAUAUACCAGAGGGUGGCAGCAGCCGCAGGCCUGGUGCAUCCGUGGUAAGUUCUGCAUCCAUGAGUGUUCUGCACAGCUCAUCUCUACGUGACUACACCCCUGCCAGUCGCUCUGAGAACCAGGACUCUCUUCAGGCUCUAAGUUCCUUGGAUGAAGAUGAUCCCAAUAUACUUCUGGCAAUACAGUUGUCACUACAAGAGUCUGGGCUGGCCCUCAAUGAAGAAGCUAGAGACUUCCUCAGUAAUGAAGCAGCCCUGGGAGCCAUAGGCACUUCUUUACCUUCUAGGCUGGAGUCUGUCCCCAGGAGCACAGAUAGCCCUCGAGCCGCACUGAGCAGCUCUGAGCUGUUGGAACUUGGUGACAGCCUCAUGAGACUAGGAGCAGACAGUGACCCGUUUUCAACUGACACGUUGGGUUCUCACCCUCUCAGUGAGGCAAGAAGUGAUUUCUGUCCCUCAUCCAGUGACCCUGACUCAGCUGGCCAGGACUCCAGCAUCAAUGAUAACCUUCUUGGCAAUAUCAUGGCAUGGUUUCAUGAUAUGAACCCUCAGAGCAUCGCACUGAUUCCUCCAGCAUCCACAGAAAUUAGUGCAGAUCCUCAGCUUCCCUGUGUCAAAGACAGGCCAGAAGGUGGGAGGGAUGUAGAACUGGUGCCACCAGAAGAGUCAGUGUGUGAAGAUGCUGGAGUCUGCAAAGGGGAAGGAGCCCAGGUAAAAGAAAAUCCUUCAGAAGAAAAUACUCUGGUUGGGGAUGCACCAUCUCAAGCUGGAGACAGUAGCAGUGAAGCAGCCAACAGAGAGGAUGGUUCAGACGUUGCCAGUCAAACCCCUCAAACCUCAAGUGACUGGCUGGAACAAGUACAUUUAGUAUGAACUGCACACAUUUGAUCUCCAAAUGCAUUGCAGGUUCAGGGCAUAUGCUAGGUGGAAUAUGCUUUAUAGCAACUUUGAUCCACUUGAUUCCAACUCAGUUAUAAACCAUGAUCUUAGAAUUUAAUACAAAAGAGUUCCCUUGAAUAGUAGCCUUAUUGUCCAUUUUAAUGUUUCAAAAUUAGCUAUUUAAUUAUCCCCUUUUGCUGACAAAAAGAGCAGGAGUAAAAGAAACACAAAUAAAUAGGUUGUAGUCUACGUUAUAAAACAAUACAGUGCUACUGUUUAUAAAAGCUAGAGUUGGAUACACUUAAAUUGAAAUCUUAAAUCAAUGGCUUGACUCCCUAAUCUUGGCUUUUCUCUUUUCAAAACGAAGUUUUCUUCAUUUUAGAAGUUCAGUUUGGACAGUUCUGGUAACAUGUAUGUCCCCUAUCUCUGUGCUCUUCCACAGCCUCCUUCCUCCUUUUGCCUGAGCGUUGUGGGGUGAGGCACCAAGGCUUUUUGGAGUGCUGCACCUGCCACCGUGUCAUUACUUUCAAUUCUCACAGGAAUCAAAGAUUUCUUCUCAUGUUUAUUUAUAGUUCACUUGUGCCAAACUUACUCGUGCGCUGACCAACAAGGCAUUUAGACGUGCAGCAUCCCACCCAAUGUGCUCCAUCCAGGGCAGUGUCAGCGAUUUCAGGAGUAAAAGGUGCCACUAGGUAGCAAUGAUGUUCCAGAAUUUAAUGGGCUUUUGUUGCCAUGGAGACUGCAUUUAAAUAAAGGUAGCCUAUAGCUUAAGUUAACUAAACCUAAUGCUGCUGUUAAAAACAGUUUGUUUUAAUAUUAAAAUACAGUUGAUUAGCAACAGCGGUGCUGUAUUUUAACAGACACUUUAUUGGAAGUGCAAUCAUAGUUCUUUGUUUUCACAAUUUUACAGUGCAUUCUAAUUACUAAUGGGUGCAAUUACUUUUAAUGGUGUUUUAUAAAAUAGAAAAAAGUGGAGUUUUCAUGAGUUAUAGUAAAUCCCACAAUUAUUAAAAAAUUCAAUAAAACAUCCUACGCAACAUGUUAUUGUGCCUUUGCCUAACCUAAAUGGAUAGUUGCCAGUUAAAUAAGUCAGUAAUUCAAAUUUCAAUGUCUCUUCUGAAGUAACUAUGCUAUGAAUUGCAAAGACCUCCAUAAGCCACCCAUGGCCUUGCCUUUACAGUAAAUAUAACAAAUAAAUGUUCAAUCGGUUUAUUUGCCGAAAUAGCAAAUGCUGAUAUGUAUUUGUUCUCAUGCACAAUACUCAUUUGCUGUGUGAUCGCUGUUUAAUAUUGAAAAAAACCAACUUCCUAGUUAUCAGUGUCUUACUGUGAAGAAAAUAUUGGUCUUAGUUGUAAUUAAGAUACAGUGGUACAGUCUGUAAUUAAAACUAGAGUAAACUGUUGGAAUGGCUGUUUUACUUACAUAUUAUGAAGACUAGCAACAUAACAUAAGCAAAAUAGAGACAUACAACACUCCCUUUAGUGUUUUGCCAGAUUCUUUCCAGAAAUCUACAGGCACCGAAAUUUCUGUCUUGAAUUUGUACAGGGAAGUCCUAGGCUGGGUAAAAGAUUAUAUUUCAUAUGGAUAUCCAUGCGAUUCAUGAUUAUGGGUUUUGAUUACUUUUUUUUCCAAACUCUACUUUUAAAAUAUUCAACUUUGAAUUCAUAUGACCAAGACACUAUAUAUAUAUAUAAUGAGUAUUUAUUAUUCCCCAGCUCACCUGGGAUGAACUGUGUUAGAAGUACUCCCAUGCCGUGGAUAUCAAAGAUCCCCAUGUGUUUUUAUUCUUCCAGUUAUUGCAAUAUUGAUAUCAAUUCCUGGUAAAGUUAGUGGGGAAAAUAUUAACUUUCUCUACAGUGUAUUACUGUAUCUUAAACUGAAAUAGUCCAUUAAAGGAUUUUUUUUUACAAAUUUAUUUUGGAUUUAAAAUAUUAAAACACAGUCAAGCUUUUAGACCACUAGGAAGGGUUUGUAUCAGCAGAGGCACUGCACAGUGCAGUGAGCAGAGACGUGCUGAGUGCAGAUCCAGUUGUGCUGGUGCUGGUGUCCUUGCAUCUUGUGCAGUGUCCUUUGUGUCUGUGCUGGUCUCUCCUGAGCAUGAAAAAUGGUCAUUAUCCAGUUUGUAUUUUCUUGGUACAUAUUUUAAAAAUGACAGUCAUUGACUUUACAACUCAGUAAUAAAGUUUGGCGAAGCCUAUUUUGUAAACAAGUUAAUUUUAUAAUGUAAAAAAGUUAAUCUAACCUUGACUUGUUAUUUGCACUUUCAUAGUCUAUACUUGAUACAUUCCCACUUUAUAUACAGUAGGAUUCUACAAACGUGUAGAUGUUUGGCCAAAUGAAUGCUGUUGAUAAUAUGUAAAGUUCUUUGAUUAAACAUUUAUUACUUAAACUUCUUCCAUUGUCUUAUUAUAGACUUCAUUUUAAGUAAGUCAGGAAGAUUAAGUUGCUUCAUUUCCUUACAAUAUGAUGGGAUUGAUUUGGUUCUACCAUGUAAUUGAUUAGUGCCUAGUAUUUUUACACUAGUCCACUGCUGAACAUUCUAUACUCCAUAAAUAAACCUGAUAUCAUUACAUUAGAGUGUGUAAAUUUAAUGCUCAUUUUCACCAAUGUAGCUUUUAGUAAAAAAAAUGUUGAUUUUUCGUUGAAACCUAACAGAAACACACAAAAGAACAUUCAAGAAUCUUAAGAUAUGCUUUGUGAAAUUAUUUAAGAAAAAUGUGUCCCAUAUGGUUAAAAUGCCCUGACUUUCCAUCAUUUUGUUAUUCUGUCCCUUCUGAGUGGCAGAGCAGCCCUUGGCAUCUGAUCUUCCAGGCCAUGUGCUGGUAAUUCUUUGGAUAACCACGUCAAGUCCUAUUGUUUUAUUUAUGCCUUUCAUUGUGUGGAUCUGAAACCUUACUGCCAAUGUCCAUAUGCUGACUUCCUUAAAUGUUGUUUAUGCAGCUACUAGUCUCAUCUUUGUUCUCUUUUUAGUCCUAGAUAUUUGUUGCUUAACCUGUUAUGAAUUAAAAUCUGAGACAUCCUGAA